CCAUCCAGAAGUCCCCCAUUUCCCCCAAGCUGGUCUCAACGAGCGACGACUCUCUCAGGGGAAAAAAUAAAUAAAAGCUCGGGAAAGUGAGAGAAAAUAGAGAGAGAAAGUCCAAGAAAGUAGAGAGAGAAAGCGCCGGCAUUUAUGGCGGAAGCUCCUAAACCGCGAAAAGCCAGCGAAGACAGCGUCAAGCUCUUCGUAGGGCAAGUGCCCAAGAACAUGACCGAAGCUCAGCUUCUGGCAAUGUUCAAAGAGUUCGCUCUAGUGGACGAGGUCAACAUCAUCAAGGACAAAGCCACGCGUGCUUCAAGAGGUUGCUGUUUUGUUAUAUGUCCUUCCAGACAGGAAGCAGACAAGGCAGUAAAUGCGUGUCAUAAUAAGCGAACUCUCCCCGGGGCAUCUAGCCCGUUGCAAGUGAAGUAUGCAGAUGGCGAGUUGGAAAGGCUAGAGCACAAACUUUUUGUUGGUAUGCUUCCGAAGAAUGUUUCUGAAGCUGAAGUUUCUUCUUUAUUUUCUAAAUAUGGAACUAUAAAAGACUUACAAAUUCUGAGAGGUUCUCAGCAGACAAGCAAAGGUUGUGCUUUUUUGAAGUAUGAGACCAAAGAACAGGCCCUUGCAGCCCUGGAGGCGAUAAAUGGGAAGCAUAAAAUGGAGGGUUCAAGUGUUCCUCUAGUUGUCAAAUGGGCUGAUACUGAAAAGGAAAGACAAGCUCGGAAGGCUCAGAAAGCUCAAUCUCAGGCAUCUAAUUUGCCAAGUGCUGAUUCAGGACAGCAUCCUUCAUUAUUUGGAGCCUUGCCUCUUGGUUAUGUUCCCCCAUACAAUGGAUAUGGUUAUCAGGCUCCUGGUGCUUAUGGACUUAUGCAAUAUCGCAUGCCACCCAUGCAGAGUCAGGCUGCUUUCCAUAAUAUGAUUCCUCCAGUAAACCAAGGAAGUGCCAUGCGUGCAAUUUCUCCUGAUCUUGCUCGUGCUGUGGCCCCUAGAAAUUAUGCUGUGCCUUCUGCUAGUUAUAUGGGCUCUGCUUAUCCUGCAUUGCCAGGUCUUCAGUAUCCUAUGGCAUAUCAUGGAGGAAUUAUGAGUCACCAGCCUUUGAGUGGUUCCCCUGGUUCUAGGCCACCUACAAUGAUGACUAGUAACUCCCCAACAAAUUCAGGUGCCGGUGCAAGUUCGGGGGGUCAGGUUGAAGGUCCACCUGGUGCUAAUCUAUUUAUCUAUCACAUUCCUCAAGAAUUUGGCGAUCACGAACUUGCGCAUGCCUUCCAACAAUUUGGUAGGGUCUUGAGUGCCAAGGUCUUUGUCGACAAAGCAACUGGUGCUAGCAAAUGUUUUGGAUUUGUCAGUUAUGAUUCACCAGCAUCUGCUCAGUCUGCAAUUAGUAUGAUGAACGGAUGCCAAUUAGGCGGUAAGAAGUUGAAGGUUCAACUUAAAAGAGACAACAACAAACAGAACAAACCUUAUUGACUUGGUAAGUAGUGGAAGGAAGCUGAAUUCUCUGCCCCCGUGGUGUCAUGCAACCUUGGUAUAUGGCAGUUACUGCAGUAUCAGCAUUGUGGGGUGGAUUGGAGAUGAAUUAUGGUUAUAUGUUUUACUCCAUCCUGCUUGUAGUUGCCUCAUGGGAUUAUAAUCCCUGUGACUUGUAAUUCUUGGUGCAUUCUGUGCCAAUCCAAAUUGUAAUUUGUGUAUCAUGGAAGUUCAUUUAGACAUUAAUAAUUGAUUUAUUGAUUUUUCCCUUGAGAACAUCUCUUUAUGGUAUAAUUCCUUGAAAACAUCCAUGAAAAAUGUUGUUUAUUUUUCAUUAGAUUCUUUUUCCUGUAAUUCAAAGGGAAACAUUUUUAUAUUUCUUAUUUUGGAUUUUCCCUCUCUUUUUUUGGUGUGUACAUUCCUCUAAUUAUUUGAGUCCAUGGUGUGCUCUUUGUUCUGUUCCUUUAUGUAAGCGAUUGCUUCUUGAAUAUACGUGACAUACCUGUGAAGUUGUUGUAGAUCCCGAGUAGUCACAACCAGCAUUCUUCCCAUCCCAACAAUGUUCUAAAAUGGGUGUAUCUAAAUCGAAAGUAAUGUGAAGUGCUUGUUCAUCAUGUUGUUUCUGUUGGAGACAUAUUUCCAUGUGCAAUGAAUUUUCAGGAAGUUGGAGAUGCCGUCAUUAGAUGGUUUGUCAUUGUGUAAUUCAGGCAUCUAUUGCUUCCUCGAUGUUGACAAGUAAGAUUAUAGUGUGUUCUAUUGCCACAAAAGAAGGAACGAAGAAAAACAUUGGCCUGCUUAUUUGGUAUUAUUGAUAGAGAAGGUAGUGGCAUCAACCUUAUAAAUCUUGUUUUCUUACUUUCAAGGGAUUUUUAAUCCUGUACCAGAAUGUCAAUCCUAUAUCAGCAACAUAUCUUUCUGACUGGACAGCUUGAUUUCUGGUUUAUCAUGAUGACAUGAUGAAUUCAUGUGUUGAUCUACUCUAUGUAUUCCUUUUAAGGAUCAUCUGAUGAUGUUCUAGGAAACCUACAUUUUUCAACAUCACCCUUGGGGAUUUGACUGGUGGUGGUCAGAGAGGCUCAGAAUCCUAAUUGGUGUUCUAAAUGGCAACUUAUGAGUUAGAUAGUCUGAAAUUUCAGGCCAGAAAAGCAUGCAAGGAUUGAUGUGGAUCAGAAUGGGAGUAAUUUGCAUGUCAUAUAACAUUUUCGGUAAACUGCAGUGGUGUUAAAGGAUGACUGCUUUCUCCAUUUUGUGGAGUAAUUUGGUGCUUUUCAUCUUGAAAUCGCUUUAAACACCGUAGUUGAUGCAUAAUCUUUGACAGCAUCGCUGCUGAAUGGCAUAAGAAACCGGCCAUUCUGAAGUCUAUUCCCUGCCUAUUUGUUGCUCCCAUACCAUGAAACUGAAGGAAGGAACCUGUACCACUGUAUCAAAAGAGAUAAAGUUAUUAAGGUCUGCAUCUGGACCCAGCUCCGGAAAGGCUGAAUCGCUGCCGAUCACUUGGCAAGUUGGGAUCUAGGCGUGUGCCCCCGCAUGAAUGAUUCUCUCCAGGUGCAAAAAUCCCCCGGUCAAAAAGGAUUAUAGCUAUACUCCAUCAGCUCAGUAGCUGCCUGGUGGCUUCAAUGAUUGGAAAUGUGCUUUGACUCUUUCAUUUCUUUGGUAGGUAAAUGCUAAAUAUACUUACGGAAUCAUUACAUCCAUGAAUACCGCCUUUCUUUGUAUUGUAUAUAGUCCAGGCUCUAACAAGUCAAGCCUUUAGAUUUA